AUGUCUGAAAGAGAAGACUCUCCUCAUCAUCAUCAUCUUCAUCAUCAUCUUCCUCCUUCUCCUCGUGAAUCUCUCUGUUUCUUCUUCAAAAUCCUUUUCCAUUCCCUUCAAAUCUUCUCCAGAAACAAACGCCAUUUCCUCUCCAUCUUUCUCCUCCUCUCUCUCCCUCUCUCUCUCCUCCUCUUCACCCUUUCUCUCUCCUCUCAUCCUCUCAAAUCCCACAUCCUCCACCUCGAAUCCGUCCUCCGCCAUUCCCCCACCCGUUUCGAGUUCCGUCAUGUCUUCUCCGAGUCCCGUAACGACGCUUUCUCCCUCCUCCGUCUUCGUGCCGCCUUCUUUCUCCCCAUCUACGCCUUUUCCCUCUUCCUCGCUGUCUCCACCGUCUCCUCCACUCUUCUCUCCUUCCAAUCCAAACGCCCUUCUCUCAAAUCCGCUCUCUCCGGCUUCAAAAACUCCUGGACUCGUCCUCUUGUUACCACGAUUUGCAUCUACACGAUUCUCGUAGCCUACUCUAUUGUGCCUAACACGCUCGCUUCGAUUUCUCCGUCUCCGGCUUUGAGGUUUGUGGUUUUGGUGUUUGGCGUUGUUUUCGAGGUGUAUUUGAUUUCAAUUAUGAGUUUAGGGCUUGUUGUUUCGAUUGCCGAAGAGAGAUUUGGUUUUGAUGCGAUUCGUUAUGCGGCGGCGUUGAUGGCGGAUCGGAGAUUGAGUGGUUCGAUUCUUACAGCGAUGUUUCUUUUUGCGUCGAGUUUGAUCUCGUCGGAGAUGGAGGGGCUUAUGGAUGGGGUCGAUCAUUGGAUGAGAUCGACGGCGGCGGUGACGACGAAUGUGGCGGUGAGCGUUGGGGAUAAGAUCGGGUUAAUUUCUUUGUACGGUAUGGUAAUUAUUUUCGGGUAUGUGGUAACAACGGUUUUUUACUGUGAGUGUAGGAAGAGGGAUUUUGUUAGGGUGGAAAACGAAGAGGAUCAUGAUCAUAUUGUCAUGGUUUAA